AUGGAUCGCACUUCGAUCGAUGGGAGGCGAAGGACCAAGUCUGCGACUCCAUCUGCGAAACACCCACGCAAGGCAGAGACUCCAGUCAAGCUCCGGCCGGCCUCGCCUCCAAAGAGCAACCCAUGGAGCGUAGCGAACAAGAGAGCGGCUAAGCCUGCCGCAGACAAGUUUCCACCUCUCCCGAAGCCGCAGAUGGCUCUGUCUUCUGUCGCGACGUCCACGACGGGGAGAUCCCGGAAAUCCUCAACAUCGUCAUUCGAGCCACAGUCUAGGGACGAAGUAGCGCUGGUAGCUGCACCUGGAUCCCCCUCCUCCAACACGUCUAGCACGUCUCGGCUCAUCCUUGAAGCAGCCGCCUCCAGAGCGACAGCCAAUCUCUGGAAGUCUCCUUUUGGAGCCGAUGUGGUUGUACGUGCUGGAACCAUGGAGUUUCGAGUCCAUCGCAACAUUGUGACACCUGAGUCUGGCUGGUUCCAUGACCACUUGCCACCGCCUAACACGGAUGGUACACCAGUCGAGAUUCAUAUGGAUCUUGCUCCCGAAGCAAUUGGACAUUGCUUGCGAUUCAUCUACACAAGGGAGAUCGAAAUCUGCGAAUACAACCAUGAGGAUCCUUGGAAGACGAUCCACCUCCCUCGAUGUGUACUGGGGUAUUGCGCAGCAGUCAAUCUGCGAGUGCCAAAAAUGAUCAGCUACCUUCUUCGAAUCGUCGAGGACACAUCGGUCCAGCUUGGAAGAGUGGUCAGGGCUGAGUAUCUCCACCGACCCCUGGGAUGCUCCGAAUGGAACCAGUUUUCAUGGUACUACCAAGCCGCACUGGAUAUCCUCGCCUGGGAGCGGUCCAAGAAGCUUAUGAGGCCCAUGCGACUGGCCCUGGCGAGCGUACUCGAUGCCGUCCUCUUUUGGUUGAUGCGACAGCCCUUGUUUGUCAGUGUUCUUCAGACAACGUGGCAUAAAGUCUUGCGGGCCAGCGUGAUGGAUAUUGCUGAGUACCGGCAGCUCACGAGAGAUGCCAACCCCUUCACCAACAGUGCCCUGCCUGAUGAGGUGGCACUCAGAAAGAUGCUCGACGAGGUGGAAGAGGAAAGGAAGCAAUUUAAGAAACAGGCCAAGAAGAGACGAGUCUUCACAGAGAACGGCUUGAUGUUGGCUUCAGGAGCUGAACUGGAGGGAAUUCGAGGUAGACGUGGUUCUCUGUGA